GAUGAACGCGUGCCCCAUGGAGCGAAACCUUUUCACCCAGGUACUAUAUAAAGGCCAGGGGACGUGGUGGACACCAUAAGAACAGAACAAGGCACCUUUGCGAGUACUGUGCUUCAGAUAGCGUACAAGGAGCCACAUUUGUUCACCAUGAAUACUCUGAUCAUUUUCUCCACUAUCCUGGCAGUAGCAUUGGCUCGACCAGGCCUACUGCUGUCUCCCCAGGUGGCGACACUAACUUCACCGGUGGCCAUCGCUAGAAUCGUCCAUGGAGCCCCCAUCGGCCUGGACGGUCGUGUGGUGGACACCCCGGAAGUUGCAUAUGCGAAGGCAGAGCAUGCGGCAGCCCACAUCAACGAGAGGAUCACUUUAGCCAACGAAGCCAUCAAAUCAGCUGACGUGAUCGCUUAUACAUCUCCUGUGAUCACCAGCAACGUGGAACCGAUCACCAUUGCGAAACUAGUCCCCUCUGCACCCGUGGGACCUGAUGGUCGAGUUGUAGACACCCCGGAAGUUGCGUAUGCGAAGGCUGAACAUGCGGCAGCACAUAUUAACGAGAAGAUAGGUCACAUUGCUGAGGCUGGAAAGUCGGGAGACUUUCCUGUAGUCAUUUCGACGUAUUCCUCUCCCUUGAUCCAGAAAUAUAUCCUGAUCAUGAAAGGAUUGGUAAUUUUAGUUGCCCUGGUGGCCAGUUGCAAGGCGGGUUUCCUUGACGCACCCUCCUACCAUGAACCCCAAAUUCGUCCCCAAGCUGUGCCUCAGAGGUUCGCACCCCCUGCACCGGUUGGCCAAGAUGGGAACGUGAUCGAUACUCCGGAGGUGGCUGAAGCAAAGGCAGCACAUUUCGCCGAAUUCGCCAGAGCUGCGGCCAGAGCAGCUGAACAAUUGAAGAAUCAACCCCAAAAUGCCCAGGAAUACAACCCUCGCGGGUCAUCACAGUCUUAUAACUACCCCUCUGCUCAACCAACUGCUGCUGCUUAUGUCAGACAACCGAGUUAUCAAUCCUCUGCACCAAUUUAUCAAUCUGCUCCAGUUCCAGCGCCCAUGUACACUCAACCAAACCCAGUCGCCUACCAACCACAGUACACUGGAAACACAAAUUACGUUGGCCAACAGAAUUACGCACCUCCGGUUAAACCCACCCCCUUCGUUCCUGCACCUCUCGCGGAUGAUGGUACGGUAAUCGAUACACCGGAAGUAGCCGCUCUUAAGGCCGCCAGGUUAGCAGAACUGGCUGAGGCUGAAGCAAGAGCGUACAAGUUCGCGCAAGAUUUCAAACCGGAAGCUCAAGGCCAAGUUUAUGGUGGACCACCAGCUGGACCAUCUCCAGUUCAAUACAAUGCUGGACAGUACAAUGCUCCAGCAGGAAGAGUAUAUCCAGCCUCAGGACCUUCGUACACUGGACCACAAGCUUCCUUUAGCAAGCCUGCUUUUCAACCUCAAAACUACCAGCAACAACAAUUAGUCGGUGCUUAUGGUUUCCCGCCUCGUCACCGCAACCCUAUAAAAGCUAGAUCGAUCGAUCGAUAUUGGCACACUCGCAACCAAGUCGUCUGUUUUCAUAGCCGCUGGUGUUUCAGCAGCAUGAGAUUACUCAUAGUCCUGGCUACGUUAGCCACACUGGCAGUCGCCGAAAUUUACGAGGAUAGGCAAUAUUACCAGUACCGUGGUCCUCCAGCCCCCCUCAACAACGAUGGGAUGGUGAUGGACACACCGGAAGUGGCCCACGCGAGAGCUGCCCAUCUAGCCAUGCACGCUGAAACUGUAGACAGAUUGAGGAAGGCUCAGAACGAUUAUGAAAUGUAUGAAAAUAAUGAAAUGUCGUAUUUGUCGCCUCCGAUGAUGGAUGAACCAAUGAUGCCCAAACGUCAGCGUCAAAGAAUGUUUCCUCCUUCCGCUCACGAUGAACGCAUGAUGGGCACUCCUGAGAUGGCGGAGCCUAAGAACUCCUACUUAACAACGCAUGCCAGAGCAGCAUCGAAAGCGUCCGAAUUUUACGAAUUCGACGUGUUCGAUGGUCAGAAGAAUUUGGUUUACGUUACUCCAGUUCGUGUUGCUUAUAAACACGCGCCAUCGGUGGGUUACCGAGGACCUUUUGCGCCAAUUGGUCCGGAUGGACGCGUCGUGGACACGCCAGAAGUGAUGAGGGCGCGCGAGGCACACAUGAAGGCCCAUGCUCGUGCUAUCGCGAUGUCCACGCAGAAUGAUCUUUAUUACUGA